AUGAGCCUGAACCUAUAUGAAGCAUCACGGAUUAAAAAUCGUGCAGAUGAACGUGAUCAUAUACAAAAAUGUUUGUUUACCAACUGGAUUAAUGCUCAAUUAGAUGGAGUGUUUUCAUCGGAAUUUCUCACUUAUCUAUCUUAUCCAAAUGAUCUACAUAAUAGUUGGGCAUAUCAUAAUAGUUCAAUGAAUAGAUUACCACAUUCACCAUCAUGGGAAGUAUCACCAUCUACACAUAGAUCCUAUGCUAUUGGACAUACUUAUUUAGUGAAAGAAUUAUAUCAUGAUUUACGUGAUGGAAGAAUUUUACUUCGUUUAUUAGAAUUACUUUCAGGAAGACAAUUUACAAGAAUCAAUCAUAGCAGAAUGCGAAUUCAUCAAUUGGAGAACAUCAAUAAAGCACUUGAUUUUCUUUAUGAAGAAGGAGCACAUCUUGAAAAUGUCGGUGCACAAGAUAUUGUCGAUGGUAACCCAAGAAUUACAUUAGGUCUAAUAUGGACAAUUAUAUUACAUUACCAGGCAAGUCAAUUUUGA